AUGGAUGUUCACCACGCCGUGCUCUCCGAUGGAAAUGUUUGUGUGCAGAAUUCGAGGGUUCUUGCUCACGACAUUGAGCAUCUCCUAGAGGAUCCAUCUGCAAUGGCCUUCUUCAUUCAUUUCCUGGAAUCAUGCGAUAAACUGAAUCUUAUAAAAUUUUGGAUCCAUGUUAACGGAUUCAAAGCAUCUUUUGAGCAGGGAUUAUCUGACUGUUCUCAGAAGGUCGAAAUGUCCCUUGCUCUAUUGGAUGCUCGGAAUAUCUAUGACAGAUAUAUCGAUAAAGAAUCUUCCACCAGCUUGUCAUUUCCUAGAGCUAUUUCUCAACGGGUUUUAGACAGAAUAUCUGAAGAACGCAUAGGAUCAGACAUUUUCGACGAGGCUAAAGAUUUUGUCAGUAAUUUAUUUGGAAAGCGCUAUUUCAAAGACUUCAAGGACAGUAUUUAUUAUAAGAAACAUCUUUUACAAGUAUUUUCUCGAGGUUGCAGUUUAGAUGAUAUCUUGCUUGUACCUGCAUUAUUGAACGCUUUUCUAGAGUUUAUCGAUGAUCAACAAGAUCGAAACUGUAUCGAAUUUUUAUUGGCAUGUAAUACAUUUGAAUCAAAUUAUGACACCCUCUCCGAUGAAGAAUUGCUUGAGGACGCCGUAUGCAUCUACGAGAAGUAUGCGCCAUCUCGAAAUACACAUAUUCUAUUUGCACGUUUGGAGUUGACCAUUCAACAGGUAUUGCUCCAUGCAAGCAGUAUCAUCUCUUCAUCUUGA